AAGCCACAUCUUGAGGCCGUGAUAAACGGGCGGUGCAAAUCAUCUACCUUGUCUCCAGGCAGUGCCUGAGAGAAAUACGACCAAUCACAUAUCCAAGCAGCCCGAACAUUUUCAUGCUUUCUGAAUACUUUAAUUUCCUUGUAAGAUGCUCUAAUGGUGAAGGUCAAAUAUGAAUUAUAGUCAAAGUCACGUGGAUGUCGUCAACGCUGCUCUUUCCCCACUCGAACUGUAUCGGAAGUGACGCAAAAUGAGUCACUUUGCGCUAGGCCGCAUUUGUAGCUCGAGGAGUAAGUGCAUUGGUUAUAUCAACUUGGAGGCGAACGUUUCGGAUUGCGCAACUUGAAUACUCCAAAUCGACUUCGAAAAGGUGAACUUUGGAAUCCUGCGAAGAAUCUUAACAACCGCAAUGGUACGCAGAGAGAAAGAGAGCGCCGUGCCUGUGGAGGAGCAGUUUGGCGGAGGACAUAUAACAGUUACCGCGCAGCAAUCCAGAUAUGCGCUUGAUGCUAUCGAUGCACCUGCAUCAAAAGAGAUACUUAUCAAGGAUCUCUCCAUUAGUGUGAAGAAUAGAGAGCUGUUGUCACAUGCACAUCUUCAUCUUGUGGAGAGCAGGCAUUACGUUCUUGUUGGAAGAAAUGGAACCGGAAAGUCGACAUUGCUCAAAGCGAUCGGUGACGGACUGGUGCCCGGAAUACCAUGGAGUACUAGAAUUCUACUUCUCGGUCAAACACGCAAUUCCCUUGCAGAAGAUCUAGACGGAUUGAAGAUUGAAGAUGAGACGGUUUUGCAACAUGUGGUGCGAAGUGACCGUAUGAGGGAACAGUAUACGCGAGAGGCUAGGAUACUCUCUGAGGCGAUCGACCACCCCAAUCCCAUAGCCCCAGUCAAGGCCUAUCGGCGACUUCACCACGAACGAUCACAGCUGCAGCUCAAAGAGGCCCAUCGCCUUGCAGAGAGAAGGAGUGGCGCCCGAGGCAAAACGGCGAGGAAGGAGUUGAUCAAAUUUGAGGAGCGUGUGGCAGAGUCCCAGGCAAAGCUUGAGCAAGCGGAAAGUGACAUCGAUCCCAGUGUUAUAAGUGCAGAUACCCAAGCUGCAGCAGACAUGCUCACCAAUGUUCAAUCCUCCCUUGAGCUCAUGGAUGCUUCUGGAGCGGAGGCCAAAGCCAGGACUGUUCUCAUAGGACUUGGUUUCAAAGACGACAAGAUCGACAGGCCAAUGUCGGAACUGUCAGGUGGGUGGAAGACGAGGUGCGAUUUGGCCUGCGCUCUUUGUCAGUACGCAGAUGUUCUUCUCCUGGAUGAACCAACCAACUUCUUGGAUCUACCGUCCAUCAUUUGGUUGCAAAACUACAUCCAAGGUCUCCAACAAACCACAGUUUUAAUCACCACUCACGACCGUGCCUUUGGUGAUGCAACUGCAGAAGAGUUACUGGUACUUCGGAAUCAAACGUUGGAAAAAUUUCGAGGGAACUUGAGCCUGUACGAGAGUGAACGACAUAAGAAAGCUCGAUAUCUGACGAAGAUGAAGGCGGCACAAGACAAGCAAAAGAAGCAUAUGGAGAAGUCCGUGCAGAACAACCUCAAAGCUGCGCGAGAGAAGGGAGAUGAUAAAAAGCUUAAGCAAGCGGCUUCCCGAAAGAAGAAACUGGACGAGCGAAUGGGCAUAGAGGUCGGUCUCAAGGGGGGGAGGUUCAAGCUCAACCGGGAUCUAGGAGGCUACCACCUCACCAAUCGAGCAGAGAUCGAAAUACCAGACUUUGAUCCACCAGUAAAGAUUGGAUUCCCCAAGCAGCCGCCAGACCUUCGUUUCCCAGGUGCGAUCGUGUCACUUGAAAAGGUAUCCUUCUCUUAUCCGGCACGAAAACGAGUGCCAAUACUGAAUGACAUUGAUUUGACCAUCCAUCCGGGCUCACGAGUCGGCCUGGCUGGUCUCAACGGGUCUGGAAAGACGACCCUGGUGUCUUUGAUCAUGGGGAGCGGGGACGAUUCUCCAGGUGGCCUUGUGCCUACGAAAGGUACCAUUAGUCGACAUGCGCGGGCCAGAUUCGGUCGAUUCUCCCAACAAUCAGUUGAAGAGAUCUCGGAAAUUGCUUCUCGAAAUCCAAAAAUUUCGGCACUCGCCCAUCUCAUGGAGUUCUGUGGAAGUGAAAUGAUCGAAAAAGACGCGCGGGCACUGUUAGGACAACUGGGUCUUUCAGGUCAAGUAGUAAGUGAUGUCCCUCUUGGACUACUUUCAGGUGGCCAAAAGGUUAGAGUUGCGUUGGCGAAGCUUCUCUGGCCGCCGCCACAGUUGCUCAUACUAGAUGAGGUCACGACGCAUCUAGACGCCGAUACCAUUCUUGGUCUCAUUAACGCCCUGCGAGAGUAUGACGGCGCAGUGUUAGUCGUUACCCACGAUCGAUUCUUUAUGAGAACUGUGGUCGAGGGAGAUAGCCCAUAUAAGCUAGCGUCAGGGGCCGAGGAUGAGGAUCCAGAAGAGGAUGAGACGGAUGAAGAUGAGGCAGGGGUCACUGCAGGGACUGUCUAUCGAUUGGUAAAAGGCCAAUUGAAGAAGCUCGACGGCGGGAUGGAGCAGUACGAGGAGAUUGCAUCGCGUACGGCCGCGAAGCUGGGAAAGGGAAGUGUAAAGGCUUGAGUCGAGGACUCGAGUCCCUUUGACUACUACUUAUAGUAGGUAGAUGUAGCGAGAUCUCGGAGCUAUACAAG